CGAGAAACUCGAAGCAAACGUUCUCGGGGUUAGCGUGUAGGCUCCCCCCUCCUGACGUCACGUCUGGAGGCAGGCUGCUCGCGCUGCUGACACCGUUCACCUCCAACGGAGGAACUUUUUGGAGUUCUCGGGCUCUCCUAACUCAAGUCAAACAGGCUGAGAGAAACCCGCUGCAGCCCGCACAGCCUCAGUGCUACAGGGAGACAGAGGAGGGCGACGGGCUCGUCUACAGCCGAGGAACACUUCAACGUUACGAUUUCUCUCUUAUUUGUCAGGGCUAAGUUAGCUCAUUCUGAUGGUUGGAAUUCCGUAUCUGCAAGAAUAUGUUGAGGAAUACACACGUUUUUCUUACUCGUAAGAAGUGAGAAGUUUUUUUUUCACAGAACAGAAUCUGGACCUUUUUUUCACCCUUGCAAACUUUUGUCUUUACUUCUUUAUUGUGUGUGGAUAUGGCUCGGAUAUAUUUGGGGUUUUUCCUUUCCUUUGGGAUGUUUCUCUUCCCGGUUUGUGUGUCACCGGAGCGGCAGCAGAGUCAGAGCGGCUUCAGGAGGCUGUACGUACUGCAGCCCGGACCGGGGCCCGGGACGGCCGGAGCCAACGGCGGGGUGCGAGUCAGCUCCAUCUCGAGUCUUCACGGCCUGUCGGGGCAACCGCACACGUAUAAUGUGGAGCUCACGGCCAACUUUGGCGGCCAGGUCCGGAGCCGCAGGAUGGGGAAGCAAGCGGCGUCAGCCCCGCAGCAGCAGCAGCCGGUAGUCCGGCAGGAACAGAGCCAGAAGCAGCUCCUGAAGCUGUCCGGGGUGAAUGUCUGUGGAGGGCAGUGCUGUCAUGGCUGGAGUAAGUCUCAGGGAUCACAGCGGUGCACGAUGCCCAACUGCAUCCCUCAGUGCCAUAAUGGAGGAAUGUGCCUCAGGCCUCAGCACUGUGUCUGCAAACCUGGCUCAGAGGGGAAGGCAUGCGAACAGAAGACUGUACCCACACACUCCUUUCCACCGCGGCCUGGGAACGGACCCACCAACGGGCACAACACUGGUCACACAAAUGGGCACACCACUGGUCAUACUAAUGGACACACUUCUGGCAACACCAAUGUACACAGUGUGGUACCCCAGCGGCCAAUACCUCAGCAAGUGCGCCCUAAUGGUUAUGGCUCUGGCCCCUCUUCAUCUAACAACAUGGGCCAGAUGAAACUAACUGUCAAGCCAGCCCCACAGUUUGUGCGGCCACAUUACAUACAGCAACACAUCCAACAGCAAAUUCGACCCAUGCCAAUUCACCCUGGUCAGAGCCAGCAAUAUAUUAUGAAGCCCAAAUACUACCACAGGCACACCACUCACACACAGACUCACGUCCAGACCCAGCCUGAAAGGCCCAUCCCCCUAACAGUGGGACACAACCCUAAUCACGCAGGCAACCAUACGGGAAGAAUCAAGGUGGUCUUCACGCCCACUGUCUGCAAACUGACCUGCAUAGGUGGCAGGUGUCACAACAACUGUGAGCGGGGAAACACCACCACCAUCAUCAGUGAGAAUGGUCAUGCCACAGAUACCCUGACAGCACCCAACUUCAGAGUAGUGGUGUGUCACCUGCCCUGUAUAAAUGGCGGUAAGUGCAGCACCAGAGACAAAUGCCAAUGCCCUCCAAACUUCACCGGAAAGUUCUGCCAGAUGGCGGUUCAGAACGGACACCAGCAGACAUCAGGAGGCUACAGCCAGAAUCAGGUCCACUCCACACACACCCUGCCUCUGACCUAUAGCAACGGCCAGACACCUGGCAUCGUCAACAUUCACAUCAAUCACCCCCCAGAGGCCUCAGUUCAGUUCCACCAGGUGUCUCAGUUGGACAAUUACAACAACAAUGGACAACAAACAAAAGGCUCCUCAUCAUCCACUAGUUAUAGCUACCAUCACAGCGAAAGCAGCCAGAAGAUCCAGCACCAUGGCUACAACAUAGUCUAUCCGGGCCAGCACAGCUACCAGUUUCCUCAGUACCAGCCUGUCACCUCUAAGAAUGCACUGGGCCGCUGCUUCCAGGAGACAGCAGGCAGUCAGUGUGGAAAACCUCUGCCCAUUCUAACUAAGCUGGAGCAGUGCUGCGGGACCAUUGGGACCUCGUGGGGAUUCCACAAAUGCCAAAAGUGUCCGAAGAAACCAUCUUUCCCCCUGAUAGAUUGCCCUCAGGGUUAUAUAAGAGUCAACAGUUCUCAUUGCCAAGAUCUAGAUGAAUGCCAACUACAGGGUGUGUGUCCAAAUGGAAACUGUGUGAACACUCUGGGCAGCUACAGGUGCAUAUGUAAACCUGGUUAUGUCCCUGACCCCACGUUCACCAUGUGCAUAUUGUGUCCUGCACUUUGGUGUGCCACUUCCUGCGCCUCCUCCCUCCUCUUUGCCCUCCUUCUCUGCUCCUCUUCAGCCGAAACACCCGUCCAAGAGGAGAAGGGGGCUUGCUUCCGUUUGGUCAGCUCAGGGAGGCAAUGUUUGCACCCAGUGUCUGCCCAGCUGAGCAAACAGCUUUGCUGCUGCAGUGUGGGCAAAGCCUGGGGCCCUCGUUGUGACAAAUGCCCCCCUCCAGGAACAGCUAAGUUCAAAGAAAUCUGUCCUGGUGGAAUGGGCUACACUGUUCUACCAAAUCCUCCUGUCAAUAAGCCAGUUUAUCAGGAGCCCAUUGACCCACCCCAACCCCUACCAACACCAGAGAGACCAGUGGAGGCGUUUGGAACACCGGAGGAGGUUAUACCAGUAGCAACCACUUCACCAGAGCAGGAGCUGGUAAUUCCUGUGGGUAGCAUUAGUCCAGUAGUUGAGCCUAUCCAGCCCCAGCUAUCUCCGGGUGUUUCCACCAUCAAGAUGGAGGCACCUUACCCAGAAGUGGUUGAGAGGAUUUCUCCUCCUGCACCAGUAGAGAUUCUUCCAACUAAUGCAGGCCAGGACAUUGCACCUACCCAGUCAGCAGAGGUAGAUGAGUGCCAGAUCAACCCUUAUAUUUGCGGCCACGGGAUUUGUUACAACACAGCUGAGAGCUAUAUCUGCCACUGUGAUGAAGGAUACCACCUGGAUGAGGCCCAAACCACCUGCAUAGAUAUCGAUGAAUGUGAAAACAGGCUAGUGUGUCCUUCUGGUAUCUGCUUCAAUGAGCUUGGUAGUUACACCUGUGGCUCCUGUCCGUCUGGCUUCUUGGGUCAAGGAGGCCAGUGUGUAGAUAUAGAUGAGUGCCAGGAUCAGAGAGUCUGUGUCAGAGGCCACUGCCAGAAUACCGAAGGCUCCUUUUCCUGUGUGUGUGGGCCAGGCUUCAGACUAUCGCCAGCUGGAGACCAGUGUGAUGAUGUGAAUGAGUGCACAGAGGAAGUCAGACCAUGUAAGGAAGUGGGAGAGUGCGUCAACAAUCUGGGCUCCUACACUUGUAGCUGCCCACAGGGGUACCGGCAGAUCAAUGGCACCAUCUGCAGUGAUGUUGAUGAGUGUGCCGACGACACAGAGCUGUGUUCCCCUCAUGGUAAAUGUCUCAACACAGAAGGAUCGUAUCUGUGUGUGUGCGACAGUGGAUUCACUGCUAGCCUCGACAUGCCAUCCUGUGAUGAUAUUGAUGAGUGUGGACUCAAUGAGACAAUAUGUGGCCCCCACGGCUUCUGUGAGAACAGACUGGGUUCUUACCGAUGCCUCUGUGACCAGGGCUACCAGGAGUCACGGGAUGGCCACGGCUGUGUGGAUGUGGAUGAGUGUGAGCUGCUGAGCAGUGUCUGUGGAGAGGCGCAGUGCGUAAACAGGGAUGGUACAUUCCAGUGCGAGUGUCCUAGUGGCCAAGAAUACAACGUCAUGAUCGCCAAGUGUGAGCCUAUUCCCACAGCACCGUUAGUGGAGCAUAAGGAGUGCUACUACCAUCUGAAUGACGAGAACCUGUGUGAGAGUGUACUGACCAGCCAUGUUACACUGCAGGAGUGCUGCUGCACACUGGGAGCUGGCUGGGGUGAUAACUGUGAGGUGCAUCCCUGUCCUGUCAAUGGCACAGACCAGUUUAACCAGAUGUGUCCAUCUGGAAGAGGUUUUAUUCCCAAUGGAGACUUGCUGUAUGGAGUACCCACUUCUGAUGUCUACAGGGAUGCAGAUGAAUGUUCACUGUUUGGUCAGGAGGUGUGUAAAGGAGGCUUCUGCCUGAAUACUGAGGGUAGCUACGAGUGUUACUGCAAGACCGGACAUGACUACGACCCCAUCAAACUGGAGUGCAGAGACAUCGAUGAGUGUCUGGAUGAGUCACUGUGCAUUGAUGGACAGUGUUUGAACACAGAUGGCUCAUACAUGUGUUUGUGUAUAAGCCCAAUGGUUCUGGACCCCAUUGGGAACCGCUGCAUCUUCCAUCCUGAGGUGGCUGACCAACGUGAAACAGAGGAGAUAGACUAUGGGGGCAUCUGCUGGCAAGAGGUCAGAAAUAUGAUGUGCAUCAAUCCACUUGGUCCUAACCAGAAGACCACGUACACUGAGUGUUGCUGUCUGCAUGGAUAUGCCUGGGGCUUGCAAUGUGCCCUGUGUCCUCCCAGAGACACAGAGGACUACGCCUCCAUGUGUAACCUUCCUCUGAGUGGUGGGCGGCGGCCGUACGGUCGUGACGCUCUUGUUGCAGGUCCAGUUCAUGAGCAUGCUGUGACACCAGACUAUUCUUCAUCAUCUGAAGCACGUCCCCACUAUGAUAUUGAAGAGUAUCCAUACAGAGCUUUUGAGGGUUUGCGAGCAGAGGAGUGCGGGAUACUGAAUGGCUGUGAGAACGGUCGGUGUGUCCGGGUUCAGGAAGGUUACACGUGUGACUGCUUUGAUGGAUAUACGCUGGAUCUGCCCCGCAUGACCUGCAUUGAUGUUAACGAAUGUUUAGAACUAAACAACCGGAUGUCACUGUGUAAAAACGCCAGGUGCAUCAAUAACGUGGGCUCCUACCAGUGUGUGUGUCUUCCAGGCUUUAAGGCCUCUGACAAACCCAACUACUGCGUGGAGGCAGAAAAACACCAGAUAUCCACACACACACAGUGAGCAUGAAUUGACCAGGAGGCAACAAGAGACACCAAAACCACAUGCAUAAUCUUGUAUUUCUAUACUUGUCAGGACGUCCUCAGACCACAUUCACUCAUUGUCAAAACAUCAACAGUAUUCUUAAUUUGAACUGCUGGCCUUGUUGUAGCAUACAGCAGCAAUCCCAAGUAAUAAAAGUUAAAAUAAGAAAGUUGGUUAGUGUACCUUUAUUUCUUUUAUACAUUUCUGGAGGCAUAAUUCUAUUAAGGGCACUAUAGUUAAAAGUGCAGUAAUUUUUAUGUGGCAGCGUGUGGAACCUCUCACUCUUCCUCGUGGAAAGUGGAAAGCCAGUGGCAGCGAAAUCAAUAACACAGAACAGAGCAGACAUCGCUCAAAGCAAAUAAGACAGUGGUCAAGUCAGAGACAGCAUGGAAAGAGGAGCUGGCCUGGAAGUGGGUUGCAAAGCAGCUUACAGACCACAGCAACUGUGAGUGGGGUAAAAAGCAGAAAUAGCACACCCUGAGUGUGAUCAGCAAACUGGAUCAGUGUCAGCUAAGCCAUCAGCUGAUCUGCCAGAAUGAUGGUCUUUAUCUUAUCAGACAUACUCAUAUGCUUUGUACCAGCAUCUUUUUUACUCCUGCUUUACAGCCUUAUGGUUCAGUUCCUCUCACAUUUCAUUUUGUUGUGCUUUCUUUAUUUAGUGCUGUUUGUUUUUGUGUGUGUGUUUGUUAAAUAAAGCCCUCCUAUACAUUGUAAGUAAGUGGUAUAAAUGCAGGGCCUAUUAUUGCAGCGUCCAUUGUUUUUUAAUGAAUAUUUACCAACAUCCAGUGGUUUUCAAAAAACAUAAAUGUAACAGUUGUGUAACAGUGCCAGUUUGCUAACUGGAUUAGCACUGUUGAAAAUGCCAUUGUGUUUGACUAAUCAGUGACACAGAGUUUGGAAAAGCUCCAGAAGAUCUAAACAUUCAGCGUGACUGGCACGUGCCAGGGGUUGGACUGUCUUUCACACGCAUUCAUUUACAGCGCACCAGUACUAGUAGAUUUACUAAUAAAGAGGUAAAGUAAAUGGGAUUUAAGGAAGGUUGCAGGCAAUUAAUUUCAUUGCUGUUUAACACUAAAGCAUGUGUCUGUGAUUUGUUGAUGUGGUAGUUGCUAGUUCAUCUGGGAUACAAGUGAGUUAUCAGAAUAAGUGUUUAGUGCCCUGAGAUGUAGCAAAGCUUUGACCUGUAGCUCUUCAGCCCAAAUGUUCAGAGACGGUCCUCGGAUGUUUCUGGUAAAGGUGGUGUUGUUGUUUUUUUCCGAACAAUGAACACAGAAGCCUUUACAUGUUUCACUUUCAAAUGUUUUGCCUUUUCUUUACCGUAUCAUGUGUUACAUAACAUGCUAAAAUGUCUGUCCACAUAAAGCUAUAAAUAUAACUCAGAGCUGAAGUGUAUAAGAGCAAGUCAAAACUGAUAUAUGUUGCUCAGGUAUCACAGGAUGGAUUUUAUGAUUGUUGCCGGAAUUGUUGCCCGUAUGUAUCUGAGAGUCAAGUCCUUUGACUUGAAUAAAUUGCUGCAGCCUCAUAUAAUAUACAGAUUAAAAAAAAACUGUUUCCACAUUAAGACAUGUGGCACACUAACUUCAUUAAUGUACUGAUCCGCCUCCAAAACUCGACACAGUUUCCAUCAGCUUCUCACAGAAGAACAUAUAGAUUCUCUUUUAGCUGCCUUUUAUUUGGCCUGGAUGGCCAUUCUCUUUCCAGGGAGAGAUACAUUUGUGACACCUGCACUUCUUUUGUUUAAUAGAUAACUAAAAAAUGACUACCAAUUUAGUGCUUAGUAAAUCUGGUCUUUGGUGUCGAGACGCUAAAACUCCAAAUUGUGUGGUCAACCCAAAGAAGAAUUCACUGAAAUCAGCAGGAAUAUGAUGCAGAGAAAAUUCAUUCCUGUACCAAAUUUUACAAUAAAUGAUUUUGUAGCUUUGGUAUUUUCCAAAGCUGGACCAAAGUUGUUUACCUGAGUGAACAUUCGUUCCUUUCCUCAGGUCCUGCUGCUAGCAUGUCUAAUACGUGCAUCAAGUAACCCUGAGAUUUUUUUAACCACCAUAUUUAUUGUGCUGUGUCACUUAUCUGUCUCUGCUCUGUGUAUGAUUGAUUUUUUGAAAAAGCCAUCUGUUAUUUCUCUAUCCAGCUCAACAUCUGAUGGAGAAUAACCAACAACUGAUAAAGCCCCACACUUGCAACCUUAAACAAAAUGCACAUCAGCCAGUGUGUCUUCUGCCAAAACGUUCAGUUUUUUUAUUUCAGAGAGGAUGCGUGGUCCUUAAAAGUAUAGAAAUACAAGUACUCACACACUCUUCAUUAAUCAAAGCCCAUAUAUUCUGCACUGUAUAUGACACACACUCAAUGAAACAAACAGUAAUUUACUUGAGAUGAAGAUUCAGCUUAAUGUACAACAUGGUGCCUACAUGGAGGGGAGAAACUACAUAACUGUAUAAAAUCUGUCUUGUCUGGUGCUUAAUUCUGUGUUUAAGUGGGGUUUUGUGUAUAUCAUAACAGGCCAUUUUGCUCAUUUAUCGUACUGACAAACCCUAUGGACUCGUGCUGGGGGAUCAAGUUGUAGUUUGUACCCAAUCAAACUGAUUGUGGAUAUUUAAUUCUGUGAAGAAGCCAGCUGUCCAAUCCUUUGCUUCCUCCAUUGCCAUGCCUCGAUCUGUUGAAAAAACAAGCUUAUCUCUUCACCACAGCAUCACAAGAUAUGUAAUAUGCACUUGUUGUUUUAAAGAAAGUAGCUAAUGUCUUUGAAAUAAGCUUUUGUAAGGGUGUUCAGAUGCAGUUAGAGAGCAACUGGUUGUCUGAAACAUAGCCAAAGCCACCUUACAUGUCUCUUACAAAUAUGUUGUUUCUUACAAGCAGGUUGUUGUGAUACCUGGUAGUACUUCCCUCAGUGUCUUGGAGGGACUGAAUUCACGUGUGUUUUAUGUUUUCUACUUCUCUUAACUGUAUUUCACUGCAAAGUCUUGCCAGGUUGCAAAGCUGCUAUGAGGCAGUGAUUGGAGAGAAGAACCUUGUGUACAUUUAAACAAAAGAGUGGAGAAGACAGCUGAUGUAUUUGUAAUAUGUACAUGAAUAAAUAGCUUUUUCUAUGAAUUCAUAAUACAAUGUACAUUAAAUCCCUUGAUAAUAAACCACAAAUUGUGAUAUUUAA